AUGGUGGAAACGAAUAUUUGGCUUUUUUAUCCAAAUCUGAUUGGCUAUCUGCGAAUUAUCCUAGCUGUGGUAUCCUUUGAGGCUAUGACCUAUGCGCCAUGGCGCGCAGCAAUUUGUUAUAUUCUAAGCGCUGCUUCGGAUGCUGUUGACGGAUAUGUGGCACGACUAUAUAAUCAGUCAUCACGUUUUGGCGCUAUGCUUGAUAUGUUAACAGACCGUUGUGCUUUGAUGGCAUUGGUAAUGUGUUGCGGAUGUUUCUAUCCCGAUUACUUGUUUUAUUUCCAAAUAUCAGCCGUGAUUGAUGUUGCCUCGCACUGGCUCCAUUUUCAUGCUAGCGAUGUGACGGGUAAAUUGACCCACAAACAGUCAUCAAAUGGAGUUUUGCAUCUCUACUAUACAUCUCGUCCGUUCCUUUUUAUGAUGUGUUUGGGAAACGAGGCGUUCUACAGCUUGGUAUAUAUCAAUCAUUUCUGGUCCGGCCCAGAUAUUCACGGUUUUUAUCUCAUUCCCUUCCUAGCAAUACUUAUUUUCCCAGUUGCGCUACUAAAAUCAACGAUUAGCUUACUUCAUCUUUUCAUCGCUGCACAGACAUUAGUAGCCAAAGAUCAGGAAUUAAUUAAGCAAAGCAAAUGA